UAGUGGAGGUUCCCCGAGGUACGUCAGUCCAUGCUGGCUCACGGCGCCGGCCGGUUCGUGUGCUUGUUUUUUUCCUAAAAUUUCAAUUUGACAGUUAAAGUCGUCCUUCCCGAAUCUCGCGUCGAUUAUCAGUAAAAAGAUAAACCGUUCCUCCAGUCCGUUGCACGCAAUCGAUCAUAGAAGACAUCUCGAUCGUCGAUCGGGUCCAGUCUCGUGCAGGCUAGCGGUCGUAGGCGAGAGAAAAAGUCGCAGGAAAGUGAUAAGGGAAGAUGCCAGCGGACGCGGAGCUCAGCAAUCUGCUGAACAGGCGGCAAAGGAUCAACAACGAGCUCGAGGAAGGGAAGGAAGUAAAAAAGCAGUACAAAUUCGUGAACGUUUACACGGAGUUCCACGAGCUGUCCCGCCGCGAGAUCAAGCAAUACGAGCAAACCUUCAACAGGUUCGACGAUGGCCACGAUGGUUUUCUCGACCUGUCCGAGCUGAAACGGAUGAUGGAGGUUUUGGGGGCGCCGCAGACCCACCUCGGUCUCAAGUCGAUGAUACAAGAAGUGGACGAAGACGGCGAUGGACGCAUUUCUUUCCGUGAGUUCCUACUGAUCUACCGCAAGGCACGUGCCGGCGAAUUAGAACAGGAUUCUGGGUUGGGCCAGCUGGCCCGGCUCACCGAGGUCGACGUUGACGAGGUGGGAGUCACGGGAGCGAAACACUUCUUCGAAGCCAAGAUCGAGCAGCUGCGCAAGGCGAGCAAAUUCGAGGACGAGAUCCGCAUGGAGCAGGAGGAACGGAAGCGAGAGGAAGAGGAAAAGGCGGCGAGGCGGGCGCAAUUCAGGCAGAAAGCAGCCCUCUUCGGCAAUUGAAAGGGAAAACCGUUGCGCGGUUCGACUCUCGCUAGAGCACAGACCUGUACCAUAACGGAAUUACGAGCGAAUUGCCUCGAAUUGCAUCGGUUAACCCUGUUUUAUACACCGUCGGCUCGAGUUAGUUUAACUGUUAGAGACAGCGACUCACAAAUUCGAAAAAUGUACGUUAGAACUAAGCAAUUACUUGACAAUUGGAGCGGUUUAUUUGCAAUGUUCAUUCGAAUUUCAUGAAAUCCUGUACCAUAAUGGAGUUACGAACGAUUGCCUUGAAUUGCAUCGGUUACCCUGUUUUAUACACCGUCGGCUCGAGUUAGUUUAAGUGUUAGAGGCAUCGACUCACAAAUUCGCGAGAUUAACGCUAGAACUACAUACCUGGCAAUUAGAGUGAUUUACUUCUAAGUUUGUUAUACAAACACUUUUAUAACCAUUAGAACUAGUUGGAGCUACAACGUUAAGAAAGAGUCCGUUUAGUUUUUGUAUCUAUGAAAAUCGAGAGAUUUGUUUUGCGAUUUUUAAUAGAGGAAAACGUCUUCGUUGUUUCGGUAUUCGCGAAACGACGGAGAUUCUGGAACAGGUCAGUUUCACGCAUCAGAUAGUUCUAGUUUUAAGUCUCUUCUUGUUCUUAUCAUUAAACUGCGGAUCUUUAUUCGAAUUCCUAGAUUUAGAAGUUGUUUUAGAACGACUCAAGUGAGAGGAAAUUUGUUAUGAUGGUAUAGACGAUUGUUCAUGGUAAAUGUAAAGUAGAAGUAUGUAUAAUUGUUGCCGAUACGCGUCUUCGUCGAGUUUCCUACGACUUUUGUACUACUUGGAAUACGCUAGGAUUAUUUGCGAAGGAAAUGAAUUUUUAUUCGAUAUCGAUCUUUGGACAUUUGUUCUGAGAAGCCGGAAACUGUAUAAACUUCAGUGUUUUCUAAAUUUCAAUAUCUUUACGAACCUGUUUAAAAAGGAAACGUUUCUUCAAUGAAUCUUUAACGAAUUGUUAAUAUUGUUGCUGUUAACUGUAAUUUUUUUACAUCGAAUUUGUCCAAAAGACUUUACUGGAAAGUUCCAACAGCGGUGACUAUGUAUGUGAUCUGACCAGAAAUGUUUGACUUUGUAUAAACGCAAUUCAGUGAUUACGAUAAUAGGGAAGUUCGUUAUUAAUAUUGAAACAAACAAAAUUAACGAUAAGGAUGACAACAGUUUUCGUUGCUCUCGUUGUAUACGAAUGAACUUGUAAGUCGCUGUUGUAAAUUGAUUCCCGUUGCGAUUGUGCAUCAUUAAAGCGUUGAAUUUUGGUUGAAAAAAAAACGUACGAGAGUUUAAGAUAGUUUAAAAAUUCGUGGAAUAUUUUAUCGGCUCCUGAAAAAUGCACCGUGUUUCGGGCUACGGUUAGUCGCAUUAUUAUCAACGGUCCUUAGGAAAUUGAUGCGUUAGGGUGCACUCGAAGUUCAACAACCGGUAGCUGUUACGUUAAUAUUAAGGAUCAUUGAGAUUAAGUUUAAUCGUUUCAAGUAUUAUCUACAGGCGCGAGAGAGUGGAAAUUGUCUUUUGCAAAGAGUGAAGUAGCGUUAGCCGAACGUGCGUGACCUUUUAACGAUUGUACUUUUACGCGGCAUGGGUGAAAUAUCAAAUAAUCGCGGAGACGUUCAUUGGUUUAGUUUUAUAGAUGCGUUUGAUACUGGAUUUUCUAACGAUCGUAUUUAACAGGCGACGAAUACAUUUUUAACGCGUUGACUGCCACGAGAAUUUUCAGCGUUUUCCAUAUUACAUUGUAAUAAUAAUUACUGACAGUAAUAACUACUAGUAAUAAUUAUCACUAUUACAGUUAUACUAUUAUUACUUAAUCCGUCAUAGCAACGACAAGCGAUAUUAGAAAUUAUUAUUAACGCGUUGAAUGUCAUGGGGGUCACCGGUGACCCCCGACCAAAUCGAAUUGCUAUAGUUCACUCAAUGAAACGACAAUUAUAUGAAAACAUUUCUAUAUUGUAAACGAUGCUACAUAAUACAGCUACAUUCAGCUAGAUGAACGUGGAAUAGUAAUAAUGCAAUUCAAUCAAAUGAUUUAAUGUCAUAUUUUUCCAUUCUGUGUAUUUUCCUCUGCGAAAUCGUGCGGCGUUCAACGUGUUAAUGAUUUGGUAUCACCAUUCUUACAUUAUUGUCUAGUUGCUUUCGUCAUUAAGUAAUUUUAUUCGAUACAAAUUUUCCUAUUGUAAUUGUUUCCAAUGAAUUCAGAUGUUUCGAUUACUCGUGAACAUGGUGGCAGCCAAUGUGUUAACAGACGACUGAUGUUCGCAUGAGUACAAUUAAUACGUAAUAUGUAUAUGUGUGUAUAUUAAUUUAUACGUUAAUUUGAACUUAGAGGAAGGAUGAAGUUUAAUGUACUUCUUCAGUUGGGAUGACCUUUUCUCGAAUCGCUUGACUGUAUUAUUUUGGAAAGUUAUACUUGAAGCCUUCGCAAACGUACAAUAAUUCUUUUUAAACGCGAGUGUUAGCUUAGUCGGCGUUUAUGUGAUUAAGAUUAUAUAGACAACGUUAUAAAGUUCGUGGCUCUUACCAAACGUUUAUAUUUCUAACUGCAACGAUGCAUCGAAAGAGAGACGGAGGGAAGAAGUAUAUAUACAUAUAUUUUUCUUCGAGUGAAAUGGUCAUAAUACGUGUGUAACAAGUAGACUGUGGAUUUUAUGCAUUUAUGGUGUGUGUAAAUAUUAUAAAACAUGGUCAAGGAAGGAAUUUAUAGAAAGAGUAGAAUGAAGUGUUUAUCUUGCUCUUAAUCGGUUAAUUAGAUAAGUUAUGUUUCGUUGACUCCGAUUUUAGUAAAACGGAACAUAAAACUGAAAGUAUGCAUAAAUAUCUAUAGUCUAAUGGUAAAGGAUACUGUGUAUCAAUGACAUCUCGUAUUUGGAAUAAUUUAAAAUAGUCAAACGAAUCUUUGAUCAAAGUAAAAAAAUAAUUUCAAAUUAUUUUUAUACGGAUUUUCAUAGACGAGUUCUCAUAAUGAAAGAUAUUAACCCUUCUAGUGCCAGGCGAAAAAAAGGUGUCUAUGCGAGAAUAACCGGCCGAAUUUCACGGUUUUACUAGGGUUUGGGAAAAUGCUCAUAAAAACCAAACAAAACAAUA